GCUUGUGCUGCUUGAUGCGAGGCGGAGACAGGAUAUAUAGGUGACGGUUUCCGGACAUUCUUGUCAAUGUGAUGCAUGCAGCAUAAUGUAUGUUGACAAGCACGGUGACUGCAUGUGGACGAAGAUAUUUCAUUGAGGAAAUAACAAGCCAUCUAACAACAUGAGCAGGAAAGAGAUUAAAAUACAUUACCAGGUUACCAUUGAUCGUGUCAGUUCUGACGCGACACGUUCCCAAUACAUGCUUCUUCAUGCAUUAGGUCGUGGACUCUUGGUACCAAUAACCACAUCGCGACAGGGACAUGCAAGUUGAGGAUGUGCAAGCCACAAUGAAGGAGUAGUGUUACGUUGAGGAUGAUAGAAUAAGAUAAACAGUCAGUCAAAUUGGCGUGCUGGUCACCGCCAUCCCUUCAAGGAUAGCGACACACAGGUGAUCGCCAAAAGAACCUCUUUAAGAACAGCAGCCUGGAUAAGUGAAAGGUUACUGUGAGGUGCUGGUGACGUGAUAUCCCGUGCUGAAAUGAGUGGUCAGAAGUUGUUAUUAUGUAACCGAGGGAGCGACAUGUACCUUCAUUGUUUCUGCAUUUGUCAUCAAUAUUCACGCACUGUAUAACGUUUGUCUUCAACGAACAAUAUGGACUUUGAUGACAGUAUUAGUUUGUGAUACCCAUGGCGAACAGCUUCAUGUGUGACAGGUUAGUAAAGCUGGUCUGUGACAUGAGUUAGUCAGCUGGACAGCUGCAUUUACAUUUAGGUUAGUCACGUAGUAAAUCUAGGUGUAAAGUCUUAGUCACGUUGUAAAUCGUGUAGAGCCUUAGUCACGUUAUAAAUCUAGGUGUAGAGUCUUAGUCACGUAGUAAAUCUAGGUGUAGAACCUUAGUCACGUAGUAAAUCUAGGUGUAGAACAUUAGUCACGUAGUAAAACUAGGUGUAGAGCCUUAGUCACGUAGUAAAUCUAGGUGUAGAACAUUAGUCACGUAGUAAAUCUAGGUGUAGAGCCUUAGUCACGUAGUAAAUCUAGGUGUAGAGCCUUAGUCACAUAGUAAAUCUAGAGGUAGAGCCUAAGGCACGUAGCAAAUCUAGGUGUAGAGCCUUAGUCAGGAAGUAAAUCUAGGUGUAGAGCCUUAGUCAGUUAGUAAAUCUAGGUGUAGAGCCUUAGUCACAUAGCAAAUCUAGGUGUAGAGCCUUAGUCAUGUAGUAAAUAUAGGUGUAGAACAUUAGUCACGUUGUAAAUCUAGGUGUAGAACCUUAGUCACGUUGUUAAUCUAGGUGUAGAGUCUUAGUCAUGUGGUAAAUCUAGGUGUAGAGCCUUAGUCAGUUAGUAAAUCUAGGUGUAGAGCCUUAGUCACGUUGUAAAUCUAGGUGUAGAGUCUUAGUCAUGUUGUUAAUCUAGGUGUAGAGCCUUAGUCACGUUGUAAAUCUAGAUGUAGAGCAUUAGUCACGUAACAAAUCUAGGUGUAGAGCCUUAGUCACGUUGUAAAUCUAGAUGUAGAGCCUUAGUCACAUAGUAAAUCUAGGUGUAGAGCCUUUGUCACAUAGUAAAUCUAGGUGUCGAGCCUUGGUCACAUAGUAAAUCUAGGUGUAGAGCCUUAGGCACGUAGCACAUCUAGGUGUAGAGCAUUAGUCACAUAGUAAAUCUAGGUGUAGAGCCUUAGGCACGUAGCAAAUCUAGGUGUAGAGCCUUAGUCACGUUGUAAAUCUAGGUGUAGAGUCUUAGUCAUGUAGUAAAUCUAGGUGUAGAGCCUUAGUCACGUUGUAAAUCUAGGUGUAUAGUCUUAGUCAUGUUGUAAAUCUAGGUGUAGAGUCUUAGUCACGUUGUAAAUCUAGGUGUAGAACCUUAGUCACGUUGUUAAUCUAGGUGUAGAGUCUUAGUCAUGUAGUUAAUCUAGGUGUAGAACAUUAGUCACACAGUAAAUCUAGGUGUAGAGCCUUAGGCACGUAGCAAAUGUAGGUGUAGAGCCUUAGUCAUGUAGUAAAUCUAGGUGUAGAGCCUUAGGCACGUUGUAAAUCUCUGUGUAAAGCGUUGCUAGAUGCAUAGCGUUAGUGGCCAGCACGUUCCGGUGUAUAACAUUUCAAGAGACGUAGUAGUGAAGCAAAUAAACACAGGGACAUAAAGCACAAACUGUUACUGAGGAUAAAAGUGCAACAGACAUCGACGACAACAUGAACGAUAGUAACUGCAGUGCUACUUCAGCUCACAUGAUGUCCGUCGUGGAUGUGGUGACCGUCACGGUCAGCCUGGUUCUGUGUGUGGUCAUCUGUGCCGGCAACACGCUGACCAUUGUAGCCGUGUGGAGGACCGCCUCUCUGCGCACCGUGCCUAACAUGUACGUGGUGUCUCUAGCAGUGGCAGACCUCCUCGCUGGGGUCAUGUCGUUGUACCAGUGUGUCAAAUACCUACCAAACAUGCAGAAGAUAUUUGACUGCUAUAAAUUUAUGUGUCUGACGCGACACAUGUUACUUGUGACGUCCCUUUGCGCCUCUGUGCUGACCAUGGUAGUGCUAGCAGUUGACCGGCUGAUGUACGUUAAAUUCUGUCUACAUUAUGACCGGAUGAUAACGCCACGGCGGGCACUCGUCACUCUGGGUACCGCGUGGGGCUUGGCCAUUCUGGGAGGGACCGUCUCUCUGUAUCACAACUCGUGGGACAACGCGUCUCAUUGUACCAUGUUCCAAGUGUUCACAGUUUACCUCCAACUGUACUUCUUCGUCCCCUGCUUCGUUGUCUGCUGCACCAUCAUCGCCUGCUGCUAUUGCUACAUCGGCUCCAUCUCCUACAGACAUCGUCGCGACAUCGUACGUCAGGAGCAGAUAAGGACACCGAACAUCCACACGUCACGACUUCGUCAGGGAUGGCCGCUUAUACAGAUGUUCAUAUUGGUGUUUGGGACGUUCAUGAUGUGUUGGACGCCGUGCAUGGUGGCGUUAGCUCUCGGGUACACCGUCGGAAUCAGCACAGACGUCAUGAACUUCCUCAUUCCACUCGCAGUCACCAACUGCGGCAUGAACUUUGUCAUCUACGCUUUAAAAAACUCAGAUUUCAGGAGGGCGUUUAAACAAAUUCUCUGUCAAAGUCGUCGUUAGACAGGGCGGUAACAGAUUACUGCUAAAGACAUCUAGUUAUGUUGUGUUCAGAUCAUAUAUUUGUCUGUUUACGAUCAUGUCCAAAUGUCGUACUUCAAUGUUUACUUAAAUGUGUACACGUGUUUACAUGUGAAGAGUUUAGAGCCAUAAGGGCCAAUGUCAUGUGGAGUCCGUUUUCAGAAAAGCAAUGAAAACCAUAACCAUACGCAUGCUAAUAAACAUUUUUUAUUCACAUUCUGACAGCAGACAUACAAAUGUUGCUAUAAAAAAUAUUUAAAAAAACACGAAAAAAACUUACGUUUAUAAUUUGUGUAAGAAUGGAAAGGGCCAAUG